CCCGCCGCUGGUUCGUAGCGGGCGCCGCGGCCUGGGUUGUGAUGUGAGGAGCGGCGGGUUCCGGGCUCCGGGCUUCGGGCUCCGGGUGGCAGCGGCUGUGAGCGGCGGCACUGCGGCGCAGGCGGCGGGCGAGGCCAGCGGGCGCCGUCGGCGGCCGGCCCUGUCGGCCGCGGGAUGAGGAAGCGGACCGAGCCCGUCACCUUGGAGCAUGAGCGCUGCGACGCCGCCGGCUCGUCCUCCUCCGGCUCGGCCGCCGCGGCGCUGGACGCCGACUGCCGCCUGAAGCAGAACCUACGCCUGACGGGCCCGGGGGCGGCCGAGCCGCGCUGCGCAGCCGACGCGGGAAUGAAGCGGGCGCUGGGCAGGCGAAAGGGCCUGUGGUUGCGCCUGAGGAAGAUACUUUUCUGUGUUUUGGGGUUGUACAUUGCCAUUCCAUUUCUCAUCAAACUAUGUCCCGGAAUACAGGCCAAACUGAUUUUCUUGAAUUUCGUAAGGGUUCCCUAUUUCAUUGAUUUGAAAAAACCACAGGAUCAAGGUUUGAAUCACACGUGUAACUACUACCUGCAGCCAGAGGAAGACGUGACCAUUGGAGUCUGGCACACCGUCCCUGCAGUCUGGUGGAAGAACGCCCAAGGCAAAGACCAGAUGUGGUAUGAGGAUGCCUUGGCUUCCAGCCACCCUAUCAUUCUGUACCUGCAUGGGAACGCAGGUACCAGAGGAGGCGACCACCGCGUGGAGCUUUACAAGGUGCUGAGUUCCCUUGGUUACCAUGUGUUCACCUUUGACUACAGAGGUUGGGGUGACUCGAUGGGAACUCCAUCUGAGCGGGGCAUGACCUAUGAUGCACUCCACGUUUUUGACUGGAUCAAAGCAAGAAGUGGUGACAACCCUGUGUACAUCUGGGGCCACUCUCUGGGCACUGGUGUGGCGACAAAUCUGGUGCGGCGCCUCUGUGAGCGGGAGACGCCUCCAGAUGCCCUUAUAUUGGAAUCUCCAUUCACUAAUAUCCGCGAAGAAGCUAAGAGCCAUCCAUUUUCAGUGAUAUAUCGAUACUUCCCUGGGUUUGACUGGUUCUUCCUUGAUCCUAUUACAAGCAGUGGAAUUAAAUUUGCAAAUGAUGAAAAUGUGAAGCACAUCUCCUGUCCCCUGCUCAUCCUGCACGCUGAGGACGACCCGGUGGUGCCCUUCCAGCUUGGCAGAAAGGUGGGUCCUGGCCUCUGCCUCUGGUAUAGCUGGCAUCUUGCACACUCAGCCAGUGUGGGUGGACCAGGCUGGGAGUGGGCAGGCGGGAAGGCAGCCCCUGCAUGCGCAUCACGGGCUGUGCACCAGCCACGUCAGGCUCAGGAGGCCGCCUCAUCCUCCCUGCGUCACCUCCAGGCUGCUUCGGAAGGACAUGGGAGGUCUGAUGUAAAGAUUGGGGCAGGGGCCCACUGAUGCUGUCUCCAAGAAGAACUAUGAAAAAUAAGCAGAUAGUUCCAGUCCUCACACAGGGGUUCUCAGAGUGGGCUGCCUAUGUUAUCAGAGCCCAGGCCAACCUGGGACUCAGCUGGAAGGGCUCAUCAGUUAUGGGCUGAAGGCAAAGAACCCCUUGAUGAGGAUCUCCCAAGCCCGUUGCAGGGGUCACAGUCAAAAUUGAUACAGAAACUUCUAGCCUGUUUCCCUGCCUUUGGAAUUGCGCUGAUAUCAGAACCAGACCAUGCUGUCUGUGGGGCCUCAGUGUUUGCUUUUGCUGAAUUUGCUUUGACUGUCAGCAAGUUGGAUUGGAUUUGUGGCUCAGAGUAGGGUAAGAGAAUGCAGCCUGGGUCUUGGUAAUGGCAGGGCAGGGCAAACUAGUGGGGUGUGUGCAGGCCUCGUCCGUGGAUUCAGCCCAGGGCUGGGAGCACUUCCUGCUCUGACAGCCCCCAUGCAGUCAGGCUCCAUGAGGCACACAGAUGACGGAGCCACACGGGAGGGCAGGAUGCAGAGCCGCCCGGCAGCGCACAGCUCAGGCCCACCUACCCUUGCUGAAAUGAGAGGGAGGGGGCUGAGAUGGGCACAUCCAGCCCAUCUUAGCUAAGCCUGAGGCACAUACCCUUUGUCCCAGCUCGCCAAGACUGUGCCAUCCCUGCCAUCAGAGCCUCCCAGGCACCUGGUCUGGCUCAUCCACCUAGCCACUCCCCAGAGGAAGGGCAGUCUGUAAGGUGUGAGGACAGUAUCUUGAGUGGUGUGUGUCCAGGAGCCAAGCCUGGGGCCUGGCUCCUGCCAGCCCACCCCCCCCAGGGCCUCUUGAUUGUGACCGGCUGUAGCAACAAGCACUGUAUGUGGGACUCUGGACUAGUUUCUAUUGAAGGGGAGGCUGCCAAGCUGGUGUUCCUCAGGCUGGGACCCCCAUGCCAGGCCACUGCCUCAGCCUCUGACCCCUCUCUCUCCCCAGCUCUAUAGCAUCGCUGCACCAGCUCGAAGCUUCCGAGACUUCAAAGUUCAGUUUGUGCCCUUUCAUUCAGACCUUGGCUACAGGCACAAAUACAUUUACAAGAGCCCUGAGCUGCCACGGAUACUGAGGUGAGACAUUCUCUUCCCACCCAGGGGCUUCGUCUGGGCAGCACUGGCUCACACCUAACAUGCAGCAGGUGGCAGCUGCUGAAGCUGCUCAGGGGGCCUCAGGGGGGCCAAGAGUCACAGUGAUUUGGGAGCCUUCCAUUUCCUUGGCAGAGGGGUUUGAGGUAGUGCCUCUCUCCCGGUCCAGGACUGUUCACAUGAUCAUGCAGGGUGAGCCGCCUCCAUGUUGUACAGGAUGUACAGACCCACACAGGGGCGCACACACGCUCACAGGUGGCCACAUGUUUGGGAGCACUCAGACACAGACACCCCAGCUGCUCGCAGGCCUCGGAUCUCUUCCACACACCUCUCAGAUGUACAUGCUGCCCCUGGGCCAGCUCCUCAAAAGCCUCUUUGUUCCCAGCUGCUUCUUGAAGGGAUGCUGUGCUCCUGACUGCCCUGCACUGGCAGGACAUGGGCGCCAGCCCAGAGAGCCAUGAGUACUCACCUGGGCCUGAGUGCAGAGCCCAAGCCUGAGGGUGAGGCCUUGGCAGUAGUGACAAGGGCAGUGUGUGGAACAGACCAACCCCCGGCCUCCUCUGUACUGCCCUGGGCCCUAUGCAGGUUGCUGCCCAGACUUGCCUACCUGCCUGUCAGAGGACACAGGCCCCCACCCCACUGCCUGGCUGUGUGGCCUUGGGCAAGAUGCUAACCCUCCCUAUGCAUGGGACAAGACUUCCGAGCCCAGAAGGGCAUGUGGUACUUCGACCCUGAGCACUGGACCCAUGGAGGGGCUGCUGCUAAUGGUGAUAAGAGUUUUUUGUUGUGUUGUGCCAGUCAGCUCCAAAAAGUAGGUCAAGGUGCCAGUUUCUCCCUGCAGGGGACUGAAAUUGGUGGCCUGAAUUGCCUCCCAGUGCUGUAUAUCCCGUGAGUAAUUCUACUGCAAACUUCUGCUUUUCUCCAGUUGUUCCAGAGGCAAAGCUGUAUCCCUUUAGCACAGGGACCUGGGUUGCUGAGGGGACAGUGGGCUCAGAGUAUGGGUUUGCUUUGGGGUUAUAAUUUUCCCCAUUAUAAAAGGAAGAUAUUUAUAGAAAAUUUAUACCAGAGAAUAGCUCUGAAGUUGAGGGUCAAGAAUCGGAGGCCUUGUCUCCGUGCCUGUCUGUUGGGCUUUGACUUGGCACCACGCUGCUUGUGCCCUGCCUAACUCACUGAGUGCUGCUCUGGGCUACAGCGCAUCCUCACGGGGCUCUUGGCUGCCUCCUCUCUGCACAGCCUCUGCUUCCUUAGAUAGCAAUGUGAGGACUGUGGAGAAGGAUCUUUGGUCUGAGCUCAAAUGAUUGGCUCCUGAUUGUCCUGUGGUCUAGGGAAUUCCUGGGGAAGUCGGAGCCUGAGCACCAGCACUGAGCCUGGCUGUGGAAAGGAAGCAUGAAGACCUCUGCCCUCCUCCUGUUUUCCUCCAGUCAGCAGCCCGGCAUCCUGGAGCCCCGGGGGGCCAGCACCUGCAAUACUCAGGAGCCCAGCUCGCACCUGAAGAGGACUCAGAUCCCAGGUGGGGAGGCCCCUGCAGGCCUGCAGUGCCCAGAGGCCUGAGCAUGGCUGUGUGGAAAGCGUGGGUGGCUGGCAUGUGGCUCUCCUUGCCACCCCUCAACCUGAGAUCUUGUUGGGAGACUUAUUGGCAGCAGGUAGCCAUCACUGCCUGGUUGAUGCUGCACUGAGCUGGGCAGGGGUAGUCCGGGCAGGGGACUCUUGGGGCUCGGGACCAUGCUGAGCUUUCUGGCACCACCCACAGAGAACGUGGGGUCCAGGUUCUUUCUGCGCCUUCCCAGCACAUGCAGAAUGACUCCAGUGGUUCCAUCAUCCCUUCCUGCCCUGUGUACCUGCUUGCCUUUCUCAGCUGCCCCGCCUCCCCUGGGCUGGCCCACUCACCCACAGUGGAGGUGCCCGGGAUCUGCACUUCCUCCCCUUUCACCUACCUGUACGCCUAACCUGGCCUUAGACUGAGCUUUAUUUAAGAAUAAAAUCGUGGUGGUGGUC